UUGUUUGUGCCUGGCCUGGCCUGGCACUAGUAUAGGGACAUUAGUAUAGGGACAUUUCAGAACAUGCUGGAUCAAUGCUGCAAUCAUCUCCCAUGGAUUGCUCGCAAUUUCCAUAUCCACAGCGUAAUUUCGCCCUCUCCCGUGUUCGCGUGGCAUUUCACCCGACAUUCCGCCCUUGUCGCCAUCGCAUCAGUCUUCAAAAGCACGACAAACCGACCCUGGUUUGUUAACCUUCUAGACUACCUACGGAGUACUGACUGACUCUCCGACUCUCCGACUCUUCAACUCUCCAACUCUCCUCCAUCCGCCUCCGAAACAACCCUCUCCCCCGGCGCCACCAAUAAGACGUGCCAGACCGAGCAGCACUGCCUGACUGCCUGGCCACUGACGUAAGCCUGCGAAACAGCCGCCAGCCCGUCAUCUCCGUUUCCUGCCGUUUCGGUGGGGUGAGAGAGCGUGCAAGAAGAAGAAGCAACUCUCGACUCCCAGUCCCAGCACAAUCCUCGACUCAGCCAUCACCAUGUCUCUGGAUCGAGACCUCAAACGCCUCCGCCUGGAGAAGUACACCCCGGCCGCUGCGAACGAGGCGCGAGAGUGGAUCGAGGCCAUCCUCGGCCAGCGAAUGUCCGGCGACCUGCUCGAGUCGCUGAAAGAUGGCGUCGCCCUGUGCAAGCUCGUCAACCUCGUCCUGCCUCCCCCCGGCGUCAGGUUCAAGGCCUCGGCCAUGCCCUUCGUCCAGAUGGAAAACAUCUCACACUUCCUCCGCGCCUGCAAAGGCCCGCCACUCAACCUACAAGAACACGACAUGUUCCUCACCGUCGACCUGUACGAGGCCAAGGAUCCCGCACAAGUACUACAAUGCAUCGGCGCCUUCAGCCGCGCCGCCAACAAGGCAAACCCCGCCUCCUUCCCAUCCGCCAUCGGGCCCCGUGCCUCGGGGCUGAGCCCCCAGAGGACCGGCGCCGCCGGCGGCACGCUCUCGCCAACACCCACGCCAGGAGCACGGCCCCGCGGCCUGUCAACCUCCAGCAACGCAUCCUCUGCAUACGGCAGCCGGCCGCCCUUGGUGGCGUCCAAGACUGGAGACUCCACAAGCGGGCGGUGGUCCCCUGCCAAGAGCCCUACACCAAGCGGGCCCAAGUCACCCUCCGUCUCCAGCUGGAGCAGCAAGGCCAAUGAGGGCGCCACGUCGCCGGCGUGGAACAUCGCGCAGUACGGCUACAUGGGCGGCGCGAGCCAGGCCAACCUCGGCAUCUCCUUUGGCGGGCGGCGGCAGAUCACUAGCGCUGGUCCGUCCGUGCCCAGCCUCGCAGAGAAGGAGAAGCGGCGGAAGGCCAAGGAGGCCGAGGAGCAAAAGCAGCGCGAGGAGGACGAGGCACGGCGCCAGGCAGAGCUCGAGGCCGAGGAGGAGCGCGCGAGGGCCGAGGAGGCGCGCCGCUGGGAGGCGGAGGCCAAGCGCCAGCGCGAGCAGGAGGCGCGCAAGGCGGCAGAGGAGAAACGCCGCUGGGAUGAGGAGGAGCGCCAGUGGAAGAUCACCGAGGAGAAGCGGCGCAAGGCAGAAGAAGAGGCCGAGAAGCGCCUGGCCCAGGAGCGAGCCAAGGCCAGGAGAAAGUCGGGCGACUCCAGACUGCUACAAGGCCAGUUCCUCAGCCAAUACCAGGCCGAACAGCCAACGGGCGCCCCCGCCGGCGGCGAGGAGGUCUACAGCAGCCGGAUCAAGCAGCUGGAGAAGGAGCUCGAGCUCGCGCGGGAGAGGGAGGCCCAGUACGAGCGCGAGCGCCAGGACAGGCUGCGGCUCAAGAGCGCCGAUGCCAAGUCCAGGGCGCGCUCCCGCAGCCGGCCCCGCCCGGCCUCAGGCGAGCCGAGCCGGCAGGACUCGUGGGCCCGCGGCGACGAGCGCUCCGCCAUGUCGCCACCGCGCAACGAAUACACACUCCCGGGCUCCCCACUGGCCCAGCGGCCCGCACCCCCGCCGCGCCAGGGGUCCCGCCCGCUGCCCGACCCGGCGGCGGUCGCCGCGGCGGGCCCGCCACCUGCAGCCGCAGCGAUGGUCAAGACACACCGCACCGGCGAGUCAGCCAGGUCGGGCGGCACGCGGUCCCGCGCCAACACGGCCGGCUCGCGGCCCCUGCCGGACCCAAAGACCUACGCCUCCUCGCCGUCGACAACCCCCUCGCCGCAGAUGAGCCGCGCCACCGACCGCUACGCGGCGUCCCCCUCAAACCCAACAGCGGCACCGGCACCGGCGGCCCCCGCGCAGCAGCUCACCUACUCGCGCGAGAUCGGCUCCUCGGCCGAGGAGCGCGACGCCGAGGACCGGCGGCGCGCGGCGGCGGCGCAGCGCGCCAAGGCGGGCGGGCUCGCGUCCAAGUCGCUGCUCGAGCGCGAGAUGGAGCUCGAGAGGCAGCGGCAGCGCGAGUGGGAGGAGUCGCAGAAGCAGACGGCCAAGGCGCCGCGCAGCACCAACGCCGACGGCGGCGUCGACGGCAUCGGCGGCGGCGUCGGCGGGCGCUGGGACGUCAGCCAGUUUGCGGGGUAUACGGGCGGCGACAACAUGAACCGCGGGACGCAGGGGAUCGGCGCCGGGAGGCGGCAGAUCGGGGGCCCGCGGCCGCUGCCUGGGACGCCUGGGCCUGCUCGUUGAAAGCGUGCUUGCGUGGUUUCGGUUUCUCUCUGUCGUCUUGGUUGGGCAUCCUGGCGUGGCGUGGUACAGAACGGUGCGGUGGGCUUUGUGCUCUCUCUUUUUGUUGUGUCUCCCGGUGGCCGGUGGGUGGUACAGUUUAUAUAACUUGUUGGUUUGAUUGGGGCUUAAUAUCUGCCCCCCCCCUGCUGGGUGGGCAGCCCUCGUACGGCGCUGGUAUACCCCAUUCCUGCUAUCUACUGGGUUUUCUGGAGGAUGAUCUGCCUUGUUGUUGUGCCUUGGUCUUGCUGGCGUAGUCGCUUGCCUGCUUUAAUCCUACCCCCCUAUGGUAUCGUCUCGUGUUGUGUUGGGAGCCGGUCAGCGGUCCAGCCCUGAGGUUGAGGUGGAUGGAUGGAUGGUGAUGGAGAGCGGAUACCCUAUGUAGCACGCAAGCUGAAUGGAUUGGUUUACAAAAACUGCCGGCGUUGACUGCGCUGGAUUGCUUCAAAUGUUUGCAGAACGGAAACUUCCGGCAUGGUAGAUGGCACAGUCUAGAGGCAGGCAGGCAGUCGCUGUGGCUGAGGCGGCAUCAGGCUCGUUUUGGAGGGAACUAUCGAGAGCUGGACUUAGCAUCAGCAUCGCCACAUCCGCAUUCCCACUAUUCCCUGCGG